AUGGCGAAAGGCAGCCUACGCUCGCCCAAAAAAAGUGAGGCACGACGUGUGCGUACAGAUAUGGCGGUAGCAGCGGCAGCAUCUACGUCACGCAGUGUGCCAGACGCUAUCAAGCCAGGCGCCCUCCUCAAGUCGCUGCUCGACGACCCUGUGCGCUAUGUCGGAAGCUCGCGUGAUGAGCUCAAGGCAAGUAUGAGCUUGGAAGCGGCGCGUGCCUCGCAUUUUGAGGUGGUCAACGAGACGACGACGGCCGACAACAACGAGGCCGAUAUACCCCCCCCUACUGCCAAAGACGCAGCGGCCUCGUCGUUGCCUUUGUACACGCCCCGGAUCGUCCCGCAGUUCCCACGCGCGCAUAUGCGUGCAGCUGGUCUACACAACCGUGGAAAUACAUGCUACAUGAACAGCGUCAUGCAGGCGCUCCUGCAUACGCCACCACUGGCGCAUGCGAUGCUCACGCAAAGUGUGCCUACCUUGCUGGGCCGCUACGGUAUGCCACGUACCAAGAAGCAAGCACUGAAAGCGGCCAAUGCCUUCAACGCGGUCGCUGCGCUCAAAGAGUUCUUCGAGCGGGCGUACAGCGGUGCCUCGGCCGUGACACCGUCGCAGUUCAUCGCCAACUUGCGCAAAUUUGCACGACCGUUGCGCCCAGGUCGUCAGGAAGAUGCGCAUGAGUACUUGCGUCUUCUCUUGGAGUCCAUGCAGCAUGCCUGCACAUGCUUUGCCCGCAAGAGCGUGGCGCCCAACGAUCCCGUGCUCAUGACGACGCUCAUUCAAAAGAUCUUUGGCGGGCGACUGCGCAGUCGUGUGACGUGCCAUAGCUGCCGUCACAAUUCUGACACGUUUGACCCCGUGUUGGACCUGAGCUUGGACGUACGCAAAGGGAUUGCCAGUGUGAAACAGGCCCUCGACGCGUUUACUGCUCCAGAGAUGCUUUCGGACAAGUACCGAUGCGACCACUGCCACCGUCACGUCGAUGCGACCAAGCGCUUUACGAUUGAUGCAACGCCAUUGGCCUUGACGGUGCAUUUGAAGCGGUUCACAAUCUUCGGCAAUAAGAUCAACAAAACCGUGAGCUAUGGCGAACGACUGCAUCUCGGGCGGUACAUGAGCGAACGCCAAAAGGGUCUCGGCGCGGACCAAACAAUGGACGAAGAGAGUCUCAGUACGAUUGGCGCUGCGCAGCAGUACCGCCUCUACGCGGUGGUGCAUCACUAUGGCAGUGGCCCGAAUGUCGGUCACUACGUCGCGAGUGUGCGCUCGUCAGAUGGGACGUGGCUGCGUAUGGACGACUCGUACGUCUCGCCACUGAGUCAUUGCCCUCUCGACGAUCCAUCGGCCUACCUCCUGCUCUAUGUCCGUGAGCCUGUAGCGCUGGAUGCGACGACUACCACACCCAUGGCCUCGCCACGGAAAGGGCCGAUGCAUCCACCGCCGUCGCCCAAGAAGCGCAAGGUGGCGCCGCUGCGUCGCGAUCGUCCCGAAGAACUGAGCGCGGAGGAGGACGAGGGCUUGGGCCAGCCCUUGUCGCGCGCCGAGUACCAACACAGUCGCACGUCAGGUGACUCGUCCGACGAGGCAAGCAUUGAUCAGGAGCUGACACUCCCUCCGCCUCUCUCCAAAAAGGACGUACGUCGUCGGAAGCGGCGGAAAUUGGCACGGCGGUCCCUAGCGUAG